AAACCUUCCUUUGUUUCUUUCUCUCUCUCCCCUUAUUUUCUUCUUCCUGAAACCUCGCUCUGACCAACACAAAAUGGCUUUCGAUGGUUUUGUCUCCGACCAUACCAAGGACAUGCAAACCCUUGCCCUAAACGACCCCCCACCGUCGGCUUCCGAGCUCGACCAUUGGGAAAGAGCCAAAUGCAAGGCCGAGAUAAUGGGGCAUCCCAUGUACGACCAGUUGUUGGAAGCUCACAUCGCCUGCUUGCGUGUUGCCACGCCUGUUGACAAGCUCGCUCAGAUCGAUGCUCAGUUGGCUAGGUCACAAGAAGUCUUGGCUAAGUACUCGUCGGCCGCCGCCGCCGCGGGUUCUGCUGAGGAAGAACUUGAUCACUUCAUGGCAAAUUAUGUUCUACUGCUUGGUUUCUUCAAAGACCAAUUGCAGCAACAUGUUCGUGUUCAUGCAAUGGAAGCAGUUAUGGCUUGUUGGGAUCUUGAGCAAUCACUUCAAAGUUUAACAGGUGUAUCUCCAGGUGAAGGCACCGGUGCAACCAUGUCUGAUGACGAAGAUGAAGCUGUAGAUGGUGACGCUAGUUUGUUUGAUGGGAGUUUCGAUGGCUUUGAUAGCAUGGGGUUCGGCCCCCUUGUCCCGACUGAGACCGAGAGAUCAUUAAUGGAGCGUGUUAGGCAAGAACUGAAGCAUGAGCUGAAACAGGGUUACAAGGAGAAGAUUGUGGACAUUAGAGAGGAAAUUCUGCGUAAGAGACGAGCCGGAAAGCUACCAGGCGACACCACCUCGUCUUUAAAAUCUUGGUGGCAGUCACAUUCCAAGUGGCCUUACCCAACUGAGGAAGACAAAGCAAAAUUAGUUAAGGAAACAGGCUUGCAGUUAAAGCAAAUUAACAACUGGUUCAUAAACCAGAGAAAAAGGAAUUGGCAUAGUAGCUCCUCUACCUCUCUGAAGAGCAAACGUAAGAGGUAAGCUGCUUAUUCAAGAGUACCAUUGGCUACUUUUGACUUGGGGAAGAAGUAACACAGUAUGAACCAGUAAUG